AUGGCAGAGACGGACUCCACUCAUACUUCGACAUAUGAGGACGAAGCGACAAACACGCAGCAUGGCGUACCACAGCCACCUCCACUCCCUGUGCUUACAAACGCCCCAAAAGCAUUCCCGGGCUGCUGUCUUGCCCUCAGUGCGCCUCUGAUCGAAUACAUUCACUCGCUUCUUCCGCCGGCCCCUGCGCUUACCCUCUCAAUCGGCAGCGGCUUUGGCCUACUCGAAGCCCAUGUCCUCGCAGUAUCACAACCACCGCGUCUACUUGGUGUAGAGGUGGAGAAGAGUCCGAAUCAAUACCUUCCAGCGGCGAACCACCGUCUAGUUCAUGGGACGCGCUUUUUGGAGCCGCUUGCUGCAGAAGCCGCGACAUGGCUGUUCGUGUAUCCACGACGCGUUGGCUUGGUCAACGAGUACCUUCAUGAAUAUGGUCAAGGCAUAGUAGAGACAAUCAUUUGGAUUGGCCCACAAGCCGAUUGGGCUGACUACAUUCAGUGCUUCGCACGUUGGGAUGUCCAGAUACACAAUGCAGAUGAGACUUAUGUGAGUCCUGAAAUAUGGCAUAGAUGA